ACGGGGUAGAACCUUUCCUGUUGAUGUUGAUGAGUUGUGUUGGUGGGAUUUAGAAGUUUUAGCUAAGAAAUGUGGGGGGUAUGAGAAUAUCGAUGGUCUUUUCUACUUGAUUCCUGGGCUUAGCUUAGCAAAUGGUUUGAGGAAAGUGUAUGAAGAUGUAGAGGUUUUGAAGAUGGCUGAAUUGGUGUUGAAGUACAGGUGUGUUGAGUUGUAUGUAUAUCAUGGUACUGAGUUACCAAACCAAGAAACCACAAUCACAUCACCACAAAAUGAUGUCAUGUCAUCACCCAAAAAAGGUCAUGCCCUGUCAUCAACAUCUAAGACAUAUCCUGCCACCUCACAAGCUACCAAAAAAGAUUAUGCUACCUCAUCAGCUGCAAAAAAAGAUGCUGCCACCUCAUCAAUAUUACCUACAGAUACCCUAGCAAACAAAAAACAGGCCCAUACACCUGGAAAAUCUAAAAACCCAACCAAACCACAAAAAACAAAGUCCACUCCAAAAAAAUCCAGAGAAUCCAUCAAAUCCCCCCCUCAACCUACUGAAGAAGAAAUCAGCAUCCCCACCCUUGAAGCUAAUGAAAAUGAUUUCUUAGAGAACUAUGAAUGGGAAGACCCCAGACCCGAGAGUCCAUUGAAGUUCACAGAUCUGUACUCUGACAUAAGUGAUGAAGAUGAUGAUGUUGAUCCGGACUUUGAGCUAGAACUUGCAUCCUCUGAUGGUGAUGGUGAUUAUGUUGAUAAAUUGGAGAAGGAAUUAGAGGAUGAGGAGAUUUUAGCUGAUCAGAAACUGUCAGACACAGAUGAAAGUGAUGAGGAGUAUAUUGCAUCUAGGGCAAAGACGAGGAGCUGUAACAACAAGCUUGUUGAACUAGCUGAACAACUUCAAAGGGAGGCAGCUGAGGGAAAGUUAGGUGGUGUUCAGUCAGAGGCUACAACAGGAGAGGGAACUAGUGCUGCAGGGGGUUAUGUGAGUGAGUACGAGGAUAGUGAGGAUGAUAUACACACGCCCCCCGAUAGUGGUGAUGAGGAUUUGAGUUUCGGGAGGAGGAGAAGGAGAGCUUUUUUGGUAGGUGAACACACUGACUUCUCUGUGUUCAGGUGGAAAGUUGGGCAAAGGUUUCCCAACAGGGCUGCUUUCAAAGAUGCAGUUGCUAAGUAUGCUGUUCUACAGGGGAGAAACGUUUUCAUACAGUCUAGUAACAUACGUAGGCAACAAAGGGUAGGGGUGAAGUGUGUUGAAGGUUGUCCGUUCUACUUGUAUGCGUCUUGGGACUCUAGGAGAGCAGUACUUGUUGUGAAGAGGGUAGAGGGUGAGCAUACUUGUCAUAGAAAUAUGAAAAAGAAUCGACAGUUAAAGUCCACUUGGGUUGCAAAACAGUUUCUCGAGGUGUUCAAGGCUAGACCCCAUUGGCCAGCUAAGGAAAUCAUGGAGACUAUAAGGAGGGCAUUUAAGAUUGUAGUAAAAAAGGAGUUUGCGUAUAAGGUGAAGUAUGCUGCACACACGUUAUUACAUGGUUCGAUGCACGAGCAUUACAAGAAAGUGGGAGGGUAUGUGGCAGCCAUAAAGAACAGUAGUCCUGGUACGAUGGUGGAGCUAGUGACCGAUGUCAGUAAACAAGCGUUUCCACCUGUUUUCCAGAGGUUUUACACAUGUUUUGAAGGAUUGCAGAGGGGCUGGAAGCAGGGUUGCAGGAAGGUGAUAGCGGUUGAUGCGUGUUUUCUGAAAACCUUCCUGGGUGGGCAGUUGAUGAGUGCUAUAGGUAGGGAUGGCAAUGACCAAAUGUACCCUAUUUCUUGGGCCGUAGUAGAGGGGGAGAAUAACAUGUCUUGGGAGUGGUUUUUUCUUCUGCUUCAGAGGUCCCUCGAUCUAGGUGAAGGAGAGGGAAUUGCUAUCAUCUCCGACGAGCACCAGGCUAUAUUAAAUGCCGUUGCAGCAGUUCUCCCAAAGGCAGAGCAUAGACACUGUGCGAGGCACAUCUUUGCUCAUUGGCACAAGACUUGGAAAGGUGAUGAGAUGAAGCUUUUAUUCUGGAAAAUUGCCAAGGCUUACAACCUUGCUGACUACAAUGAUGCCUUGGAGGAACUCACACAGUUGAAUGUCGAUGCUGCCACUGCGUUUAAGGGCUACAAACCAGAGGUUUUCUGUAGAGCUUUUCUAGAUACAACAAUGAAGACUGAUGCCAUAACAUCCAACAUAGCUGAAACAUUCAAUGGAUACAUCAUUCAGGCAAGAACCAAACAUCUGAUCUUCAUGUUAGAAGACAUCAGAAACAACUUGAUGCAAAGAUUGGUGGUGAAAAGACAGCAAAUGGAGAAGUCGACAUCAAUCCUUUGUCCAAGAAUACAACAGAAGCUGGAAAAAGAGAAGGCAAAGGCUAGCAACUGUGACGUAAUACCGUCAACGGAUACAUUGUUCAAUGUCAAUUAUUAUCUGGAUCAAUUGGUGGUGGAUUUGGAAGCAAGGACAUGUUCAUGCAGAAAGUGGGACAUGCUUGGCAUUCCAUGUUGUCAUGCCAUUGCGUGUAUCUUUUUCCAAAACAAGGAGGCCGAGGAGUAUGUUGAUAAAUGCUACUGGAGGCAAGAAUACUUAAAUGCAUAUUCAGGUUCAAUUCCACCCAUUGAUGGAGAGAGGUAUUGGCCAAGGAUUGAAUACCACUUGGAUCCUCCUCCCAUCAAAAUAGGGCCAGGCAGACCGAGGAGAAAUAGGAUCAAGGAUCCCUUUGAGAACCCGAAAAAGCCUGGUCACCUAUCGAGGACCGGGAUAGAAAUGACUUGUAGUGUGUGUCAAGUCAAAGGGCAUAAUAAAAGACGAUGUCCUAACAGAGAGAGUGCUGUUGUUGCAGAACCAGCCCCAAAAAAACCUAGGGGUAGACCAAGGAAGGAUGGUCAGCCCCCUCACUCUCGUGCUCCGUCUGUUACUGCCCCAUCUACCAUAAGUCAAACGACUGAUUCAAGAACAAACACACCCACCUCUGCAGUUGUAUCUUCUCGAUUCACUCGAUCAACAAAUGCUCAGCUUCACUCUACUUCAUGCCAACCUAGCCAACUUGGCAGAGGCGGGAGGAUGAUCCUAGGUGGUAGGGGUUCUAGGGGUGGAAAUACUGGAAGGGGAAGGGGAAACAAUGGAGGGAGGGGUAAAGAGAAAGUACCUAUUGGUGUGGGAAUGUAUGUUGCCUCGGAUGGGACUGCAAAAACAAGUGGAGGCAGAGGGAGAGGGAGAGGGAGGGGUAAAAAUCAGGUUGCAACAUUUGUCGGAACACAGUCGAGCCAAGUUUCCAGUGCUCAUCAACCAACUCAGUAGGACAAGUGAAGAUGAAUGAACCUACUGCCAGUAACUUGACCAUUUUGUGCUGGAAAUCAGAAGCUUACAGUAGCAGUAGCAGUUAGCUAACAGUAGCAGUGGCAGUCAGCUUAGCCUAAUUAACUUUCAACUGUUUGGCCUUUUUUGUGUAGUUUAGAAUUUAGGCCUUGAACCAAGCUUACAGUAGCAGCAGCAAGCUUACAGUAGCAGCAGCAAGCAACUCUAGAAGCCAACUCCAGUAGCGUCAUUUCAUGUUUUUGUGUAGUUCAGAACAAGCAAUGGCUACUUAUAAGUCAACUCUGCCUACAUAAAAGUCAACUGUGAGAUUUUUUGGGGUAGUUAAAAGUCAACGGUGGGAUUUUUUUGGGUAGUUAAAAGUCAACUGUGGUAGUAUUUUGUGUAGUUAAUUGUGGCCUUCAUGUUAGCAGAUUUUGCAAACAACCAAGUCAUAUGCCAUCUUUUGUGUAGUUCAGAACA